UUUAUUCAUUUGCAACAACUGGCUGCAGCACAGACAACGAGGCAGCCAACGCUCAUGGCGACGGAUUGGGGCCUCCGGGACUUCAUCUACGGCCUGGACGAUCUAGACGAUGUUGAGAAAGAGCAAUGCUUCACGGCUCUGAACAGGCACGGUUUUUCGGCUCCUAGUAAGCGCCGAGCAUUCCUCGCGCUCGAUGACGCCGAGCUGCAGACUGCAGGCAUCAGUCAGAUGAGCACCCGCAAGGUUCUGCGACUGGCGAUGGGUGAGCCGUUGAUGUUGCCGUCACUAUCGCGCGAAUCUACUGCAUCAGCUGGCUGCACAGGAAAUUUCCGGGGAUGGGGCCCCGGAAGUUUGCCCAAAACUCCGGCCAAAACUCCGGCCCAUUCGCCGGAAGUUUGCACCGCCAGUUCGAACGAGCCAACCCCAGUCGACCCCGAACUUCCAAAACUCCGGCCAGCGAGCACAGUCCAAUGCUGACCGAACUCGCAGCUCCCGCUAUGGCGCGAGCGCGCCCCGCUUUAUUUCCUUUGCCUUACGGAGCCUCGUUACUCUCCGGAAGCUCCUGCGCCUCUCGUGACCCUUCAUAUUAUUUAUCGGCUCGGCCCUGGCAACUUGGCGCCAUCGGCGAUAGAGGGCUGCGCGAAGACCCGCCACAGCAGCAGGACACCCACGGGCCAUGGGUGAAAACUCAUUGCCGCGCAUGCACGCGCCGCACGUCACGCGCGCGCUGCAGUAGCGAUAGCCCGGAGGGCGGAUUAGUGGGCAUGAUCGUGACAGGAUCCGCUUGGGUCGGGGGCGAGGCCCCGGACGUGGAGCGGCAUCGGAGAGGGGCGCGGCGGCUGGCCAGGGCACAGCACAAGCUGGUGAUGCAGUUGCGGCGGCUGGCCUGGGCAUGGGGAGCGCGGCAGGGGCCGGCGUUCGGCCAACGGUCUUCCUACGAUCUCCGCUCCCAGACGCGGCCCUGCCAUCCCGCUUUGACAAGCCUAGUCGCUCGCUGAAGAUAGAUCACGCGGAGCCCGUAGAUUGCAAGACCUGGGAGCAUGUGGCGCCGCAAGAACGCAUUCCCGCGCUCUUCGGCCGCUUGGCGGCCGCAUGUGGCAGCCACGCCACUGCUAGCGGCUUCCAAGCUAUGGGCGGGGCCGGCCAUGGUACAAGCAGCACGGAGGGCGGCGGCGGCGGCGGCGGCGGCAGCAGCAGCAGCAACAGUGGGGGUGGCGGCAGUAGCUUCGACGCUGAGGUGCUCACGCUCAUCAUGCAUGCGGAUGACAUCUUCUGCAGCGCUGACGGCGAGCCUAUUCGGGUGCUGCUUCAGCAGCAAGGGCCGCCUGAAGUGCUCAUCAAUGAAGCUGUCGCCUGCUUCGGCACGCGCCCGCUGCUCAAGGUGCUGACCAUCCUGGUCAACGGCCUGUUGGAGCGGUUGCGUGGCGGCGCCAGUGCCGACCGCACUGCAGCGGCGGCAGCAGUGGGCAGUGGGGCAGCGGCGAAGCCGGCGCCCGCCGGUAUAACGCCUGGGGUGGAGCCGGCGGCUGCUGGUAGUGAUGCUGCGGCCGUGCCAGCUGCCAGGACUGGCCGCGUGAGCAGUGUUUAUUGGGGUGCUGAGAUGAGCCUUGAGAAGAUCCACGAGGUGGCCAGCAGCCAGGAGGGUCUUGAGUGGCUUGUGCAGGGAGGGGGCGGCUCGCUGCGCCCAGACAUGCCGCUCAUUGUAGUCAUCUCGGAUGACGACGCGACCUGGCAGCAGUGCCGCAGCUUUGUGGAGAUGAAGGCGCCAGCACUGAUGCUGGAGGGCAGAACGCCGCGCUCGCUGGUGGACCUGUGGCUGAGCGGCGACACACGUGUUCGCGCCAUAUUGGCACAGGUCAAUGAGUACAUGGACCGCCUGGGAGUGAGGUACGCUAUUGUCAGCUGCCACUACGCCAUGUGGGCGGUGCGCCGCACGUGCUCGCCACCGCCGCCGCAGGUCCUGCUGGAGAACCAGACCGAACCCCAACCCCGGCAGCAGCAGCAGCUGCAGGCGCCAUCGGUGGGUCCUGCAGCCGCCGCAGUAGUCCGUGCCCGCAGUACCGGCGUGACAACCCGAAGUGCAUCCGCCGCUGCUGCACGUGCGCUGGCUGCUGGCGCAGGCGGCGGUGGCUGUAGCGGCAGCGGUCCUGAUGGCAUGGGUGGUGUCGGCGGCAGUGGCAGCGUGGCAGGUACCGGCAGCAGCAGCCGCAAGCGCGGCCGCGCGCGCGACGGGGUGCUGCACCUGGCAGGGCCCUUUCUGGCGCCAACGGAGCACACGGACCAACAGCCGGCAGUCACAGCCGCCGCCGCCACCCUGUACACCAUGCUGCUCAGCCUGCCGGAGGUGCCCGACCCACCUGCAGCAGGGCUUGCGCGGCGGCGGUCGCGGUCAGCGCCGCCCGGGCAGCCGGACGCAGGGCCCAGCCGCAGCAGUGGUGGCGGUGACGGCGGUGGUGCAGUUGGUCGCGGCGGGCAGCCCGGGGGCGCUGCUGCCGGCGGUGCGGGGCACACGGAAGGGCAGGCCGUGGGCGGUGCGGGGCUGGCGGCACAUGGCAGCCGGGCGGCGACGAGCCCGCCGGCGGGAGCGGCAAGGCGAGCAGCAGCCGGCGGGGAGGCGGAGGCGCAGCCCUCGAUGCUGCAGCAUUGGGACGAACAGGGCGCAGCGCGCCUUGCGCUGGCGCCCGCCUCUCCAUCCGAAGCAAGAGGCGGAGACGGAGCGAGCCUUGCGCCCGUCACCGGCAGCAGCGCGCAUCACUGGCGGCGGCGCGCAUGUUGCCUCCGCCAGCCGCCGCCGCUGCCGCCGCUCCUCAUUGAGGCCGACCCCGAGGUCCUGCACGUGGGCUACGCGGGCCUUGCCUGCACCGGCCGCGUCAAUGGCGAGGAGGCGGUGCUUAAGAUCCUGGACUCGGACGAGCACGGCGUCGCGGCCUUCGAGGCGGAGUGCAGUGCCUACCGGGCGCUGGCCGCGCUGCAGGGCGACGUGCUGCCGCGGCUGCUGGCCGCUGGCCGCCUGGGUGACCUGGCGCCGCCGCCACCACUGUCUGGGGGGGAGGAGGAGGAGGAGUGGGAGCCGCCGCCGGACGGCGACGUGCGCUUCAUCGCCACCAGCCGGGUGCGGGGCUUGACGCUGCGUCAGGCGGCGGAGCAGUGGGGCUACAUCCAGCCGACGGCGGCGGCGGCGGCGGUGCACGCGCUUAAGGUACUGCACGCGGCGGACAUUCGCGCUGCUGGCGGCGGCAGUGGCGGGCGCUUCCUGCACGGCGACAUCCGGCUCAGCAACUUCAUGUUCCUGCUGCCGGCUGCGGAGGCGGCGGUGGGGCCGCGCUGCGUGGUCAUUGACUUGGGGCUGUCGCGCCUGGACGGGACGGAGGCGGAGCAGCAGGCGGAGGUGCGGCAGCUGGAGCAGCGACUCCAGUGCGGCAGUGGCUGAGGAAGAGCGAGGGAUGAGUGAUGAGUGCGAGGAGGUGAGGGUGGCUGGCUUCAGCCGUGGCCGAGGGAGCAGGCGGGAGGAACGGCAGGGUGGUGGGCCUGCUGGGCGGGUUCUGGGCAGGACGUGCAGUUCGGAGGUUACGAAUGGGAUGCGCGCUGGGCCACGGUUGCAACUGGGGUGGACAUGCGGCCGCACUAUUGUGCGGUGCGGUAAGAAAAUGAAUGACUGAUUGCGGACCUGGAUGUGCCAAGACAAGGGGCAUCAUGUAGCGCAGCAACAGGUGGCUAACAAUAACGAAAACGCUUGAGAUUCUUGCAUGGACCGUGUGCUCAGAAUAAUGCAUGUGUACGAACCGGCGGUGUCUCUGUAUGUCCUGAUACAUUCAUGUGAGGGGCUACCCUGCUUACUAGAAUGGAUGCAAGCUCAAGGCAUGAAUGACUGUCACACGUAACGGGUCCUCUGACAAUGACGGGCUCGGCAUUUGGCAGAGCCCGCUCCUACCUACAUGCGCUGAGUAAGAAGGGUUCAGGUGCGCUCGAAGCAACUGUGCAGGAUGCGCGUUCACUGCCAUUCUAGUGUAAAUGAGGGUUACCGAUGACGGGCAUUCCGUGGAUGGUAUGGAGGCAAGUGUCAACAUCAUCGAGGGCGCAAGACCGAGAACUCUAUCUAGCGUACGGAGGGCGGGGAGCUAGCGGCGUAUGUGUUGCGGAUGGGCGCCGGUUGGCGACGAUGUUGGAGGAUGGCACCUAAGGAAACGCAUAACAACCACCAAGGUAGCUUGUGGCGUGGCUGUGCCUUGCCGUGGACCGUCUGACUGCUGAUCCGCAGCAGCAGAGCUCUAUGACUUCAUGGCUGUAUGCUUUGUCACAACUGGUCGGUACUAAGCAACCUGAUGUUCUGCUGUGCAUGCCUGUGAUUGGCUGGCUGCCGGGGUAAGCCGCAGCAGGGCAAACUAUCACGGCAAGCUCGCGAAAGGAUCUGUGCCGUGGGUGUACCAUAUGCCCCUGCGGGGUAAGCCGGCGCAGCGCAGUGGAGCCCUGUCGUUUGCUAUGGCGUUUCCGGCCCCAACAUGAUGUGUAUAAGGGAGUUGGUCCCAUGGAUGGCGCGCUUCAGGAAGUCCGCGAAAUGUUUGAGCGCGGUGCGUCAGGUACCCGUACUCGUAUAUGACGAGUGCGAGAAACGUUACUUGGUCGAUGUCUGGCGCCAGGUGCUUGGGUCAGGCCCCAGACGGCAUCUGCCCGUUCCGCUUAUACGGCCGCCGUCAGCCCGCGCUACUGCGCAGCGCAUUGCCGCGGCCAUGGUGCUCCUGCCGGAGGACUGGGCGGCGGCGGCGCGGAAGGUGCAAGCGCCGCGCCGUGACGCGGUCUGCGGCGCCGGCCUAUGUUGAAGCCGUGCGUGUGGUGGCCCGGGGGUUGGUUGCCUGCUGUUCGUGCAGUGACGUGACUAGUUUGUUAGCUGUGGGUCAGCACGGACUGUGCACCCAACCCAACCGGCAAAGUCCGGCAUUGCGGGGAUGCCAUAGGCAAUCAUAGGCCCCCAACAUAGAUGCGUGUGCUUAAUAGGUGCCGCGUCAGGUGUCUGGCUUGGUGUCUGGUGUCCAUUGGGCACCAGGAGGGGAGGGUUCCAUCACGAGCCCUUUUCCUGCCCUCUCGGGCAGACAUCUUGUUUAAGCUCUUGGCGUGGCGGAUGUCGAAGGUGGGCCGUCUCCACUACGCUUUGCUGUUGUAGCUGUCGUGAGCGAAACACGUGCAUGUGUGUCUGUACCACUCGAACAUGAGAUGGGGCUAGAAGGUUAUGUGUUUUGAUGUUGUUUCCUGAUAUCUGUCGGCGACAGCACGGUACACGUGCUUGUUCCGAUAGCGCGUGCACCAGCGCACAUGUGGGCACGCUUGCGCUGGCCUGUGAACUUGAGCGCAGUUUCGCCAGCUUCGCCGUCUUUUUGUGAGUUUUUGGUGCAUUUGAUUGGUGCCAGCGCGAUUUGAUGUGUCUUGGCGGAUAGCGUGUUGUUCUGCUGCUGCGUUUUGCUGUGUGUCGAGAUGUGCUUGUUGGCCAAUCAAGUACUGCCCGAGAUACGAUACCGUAAUGGUGUCUGUUGCUCAUUGAGGAGGAUUACUCCACUUGCCGGAGUGCUAGUUCAUUUGCCUGGGCUGCCGCCGCUGCCGGGCCAAUCCAUAGGGGCGUUGUCAUGACAGUUGGUGACAGGGCGCUCAGGCUGUAAUGAGGAUGGAUG